AUGACCCAAAAGAACUUAUCUUGGGUGCUUGAACGAAUCAAUCAUGGCCAUUACAAAGCAGAAAGGCUUCAAGCUUGGGAGAAGAACAAACAAGAACUGAGUGAAACUAUGACUAACUGUCUGUAUUACUUCACACUCUUCCCUACAGACUUUGAAAUCCCAACAAGGAGGUUAGUCAAUCUAUGGGUUGCAGAAGAAUUGGUGAAGCAAAACAAACAACAAACAGCAGAAGACAUUGCAGAAAGAUGUAUACAAGAUUUGAGAGACUGCAACAUGAUUCAAGUUAUGGCACUAAAGUCCAAUAGCAAGAUUAAGACAUGUUGCUUACCAAGUAUGCUGAGAGAAAUCAUCUUGCAAGAUAGUGACAGAACAAACCGCAGCCACUACUCAGGUGCACAUUUAGAGCGGCGUUAUGAUGAUCGUGGUCUUGAUGAAAAUUCAGAAAACGAGUUCAGCAAGAAAGGAAUUCCCCUAUCUGUUUUUUCUUUGACAAGCGAGAGGGGAAAAAACAAGGAGAAGAUCCUUUCAACAGGCAUUGCAAGUGAGCAGCUCAGGGAUGUUAGGGUCCUUGAUAUUGAACGCAUCUUCAGACCUCAGUUGCCUCAGACUUUAUGCAAAUUAACUCAUAUCACAUAUCUUAGUUUAAGGUGGACUUAUUUGGAGGAAUUCCCACCAUUCAUAGGCAAAUUGGUGAACCUGGAGACAUUAGAUUUAAAGCAUAUAUGUAUCCGUGUUCUCCCUAGCUCCAUCUGGAAAUUGAAGAAACUGAGGAACUUGUACCUGAACCAUAAAUAUCGAAGUAGAGUUGAGGGGAAACUAAGAGGAGACGAUCAGGAAAAUGUUCACACACUAUGA